ACUACCCAACGUCGUUGUUUCCACAGUGCGUAUGAGCGAGCGAGCGAGCGAUGAGAGAGAUGCGGCGUUGGUGCAGCAGGAUGAGCGGUCUCGUGUGGGUGGUGCUUGUGUGCUCAUGGACAUGGAGGAUCGCAGCUGCUCAGGCUCCGCAACCACCAAAAACUGAUCCACUCGAGGGCCUCUAGCUUGCCUCAGAAAAAGAACUAGAGGGAACUUGAUUCAUUUUAUAGUUCUGCAUGGACAUAUAUACAUGAACACUAAUUAAACAGUAACGCUGAGUUUAACCAUGCCAGCGGCGGCCCUGAACACGAUACUGGGAAGAUGGGGCAAGAAGGCGUCGUCGGAGUGGAACAUAAGCGGCGAGCCCUGCAGCGGUCUCGCCUCUGACAAAAGCGACUGGGAUAACUACCCCAACAUCAAUCCAUUCAUCAAGUGCGACUGCACUUUCAGCAACAACACCCUCUGCCACAUUACCAGACUGAGGGUAACAAAUUUGAGCGUUGUUGGCGAAAUACCUUUGGAGCUGCAGAAUUUCACCUAUAUGCUGGACCUGAACCUGGGCUAUAAUUACUUGACUGGUGCCGUGCCAUCAUUCUUUGGAAAGUUUACUUUCAUGAAAUAUUUGGCUUUUCCUUUCAAUGCACUGUCUGGACCGCUUCCAAAGGAACUUGGAAACCUCACCAAUCUCCUCUCGCUGGGCAUUAGCUUUAACAAUUUUAGCGGUCAACUUCCUAAAGAACUGGGCAAUAUGACCAAUCUUCAGCAGAUGUACAUCGAUAGUUGUGGAUUCAGUGGUCCGUUCCCUUCAACAUUCUCAAAACUUCAGAACCUGAAGAUCUUGAGGUCAUCAGAUAACGAUUUUACAGGGAAAAUACCUGAUUAUUUGGGGAUCAUGCCUAAGUUGGAAGAUAUGGCUUUCCAAGGAAAUUCUUUUGAAGGACCGAUCCCACCAAGUUUAGCUAAUCUAACCAAGUUAACCAACUUACGGAUUGGUGAUAUUGUAAAUGGGAGCUCUUCAUUGGCCUUUAUCAGUAACCUCACAUCUUUGAGCAACCUAAUAUUAAGGAACUGCAAGAUAUCUGGCAAUCUUGCACCAGUAGAUUUUUCGAAGUUUGGAGUUUUAACCCUGCUGGACUUGAGUUUUAACAAUAUCACAGGCCAAAUUCCUCAAACCAUUCUGAAUAUGACAAAUCUUGAAUUUCUGUUUCUUGGGAACAACAGCUUUACAGGAAGUCUUCCAGAUGCUAUAAGCCCAUCCUUGAAAGCGAUCGAUUUUUCCUACAACCAACUCACCGGAGGCUUGCCUUCUUGGGCUACCCAGAACAACUUCCAAUUAAAUUUGGUGGCAAACAACUUUGAACUUGGUACCAUAGGCCACAGCACUUUACCUUCAGGACUAAACUGCCUCCAGCAAGACACCCCUUGUUUCCGUGGAUCUGCAGAAUACUAUUCCUUUGCGGUUGACUGCGGCAAUAAUAGAACGACUAGAGGCUUAGAUGGAACUAUUUACGAACCAGAUGCUGCAAACCUUGGGGCUGCAUCAUAUUAUGUUACUAGUGACACAAGAUGGGGUGUAAGCAAUGUCGGGAACUACUUUCUGGCUACAGAUGGAGUGAACAUAAUAAAUAGUCCACAGAAAAUUCAGAAUGUCCUUGAUUCAAGAUUAUUUGAAACUGCAAGGAUGUCGGCGUCGUCGGUGAGGUAUUAUGGCCUUGGACUCGAGAAUGGAAAUUACACUGUUCUGCUUCAAUUUGCCGAGUUUGCUUAUCCAGACUCGCAGACGUGGCUAAGCUUAGGAAGGAGAGUUUUUGACAUAUAUGUCCAGGGUGAUCUAAAAGAAAAGAAUUUUGAUAUAAGGAAGAUGGCGGGUGGAAAAUCUUUUACUGCAGUCAACAGAAGUUAUACUGCAAGAGUGUCCAAAAAUUUCCUUGAGAUUCAUCUCUUUUGGGCUGGUAAGGGAACUUGUUGUGUACCUACUCAAGGUUACUAUGGGCCGAUGAUCUCAGCAUUAAGUGUCACACCAAAUUUUACUCCAACAGUUCGAAAUGGUGUACCAAAAAGGAGAAGUAAAGCAGGUGCAAUUGCUGGAAUAACAAUUGGUGCAUUAGUGUUAGGAGUAGUAUCCUUAUUUGGAAUAUUUUUGUUGGUAAAGAAGAGAAGAACAAUAGCAGAACAGCAAGAAGAACUGUACAACCUUGCUGGACAACCCGAUGUCUUCAGUAACACUGAACUCAAGCUAGCUACCGACAAUUUCAGUUAUCAAAACAUCAUUGGGGAAGGCGGAUAUGGGCCAGUGUAUAAGGGUAAACUACCUGAUGGAAGAGUUAUAGCAGUGAAACAACUUUCUGAAACAUCUCAUCAAGGCAAAAGCCAAUUUGUGACAGAGGUAGCAACAAUCUCUGCUGUGCAACACCGGAAUCUUGUUAAAUUGCAUGGGUGCUGCAUUGAUAGUAAAACACCCUUGUUAGUUUAUGAGUACCUUGAAAAUGGAAGCCUGGAUCGAGCAAUAUUUGGACAUAGUAUCUUAAAACUAGAUUGGGCAAUGCGAUUUGAUAUCAUUUUAGGCAUAGCAAGAGGCCUAACAUAUCUUCAUGAGGAGUCAAGUGUCCGCAUUGUGCAUAGGGACAUCAAAGCCAGCAAUGUCCUACUUGACACUGACCUCACCCCAAAGAUCUCUGACUUUGGACUUGCCAAACUAUAUGAUGAGAAGAAAACUCAUGUGAGCACAAGAAUUGCGGGCACAAUGGGCUACCUAGCUCCUGAGUAUGCAAUGAGAGGUCAUUUGUCAGAGAAGGCCGAUGUUUUUGCAUUUGGAGUACUUAUGUUGGAGACUGUUGCUGGUCGAUCGAAUACAAACAACUCCCUUGAGGAAAGCAAGAUAUAUCUCUUGGAGUGGGCCUGGGGUUUGUAUGAAAUGGGGCAAGCUCUGCGCGUAGUCGAUCCAUGUCUUAAGGAAUUUGAUGAGAAGGAAGCUUUCAGAGUCAUCUGUAUUGCUCUCCUUUGUACGCAGGGCUCACCGCACCAGCGGCCGCCAAUGUCAAGGGUUGUGGCAAUGCUCAUCGGAGAUGUUGAUGUGGCUGAGGUGGUCACGAAGCCGAGCUAUAUCACCGAGUGGCAGCUCAGGGAUGGUGGGAGCAGUAGCUACACCACUAGUAGCUAUGCAGGAUCUAGUAACCCUGAGUUUAGUAGGCAGAGGGAGACCAACCCUCUCGCACGGUCAUCACCAACGAUCACCAAAGCUAGUCUGGUGGGAAGGUGAGAAUUGAAAGUUGAAUUGCUGCAGGUGAUUGACCCUUGGUUUGCAGUGACAAUAUUAUACGUUGGUGUGAAUUGGAGAAAAUAACAUAAUUACUUACUCUGGUUUCUUGUCUGAAAAUAAAAGCUUUCCUCCUAUAAUUUUUGAAAGGUGAAUUAAUGUGGCGUAUUAUUAGUAUUCUGAGUGAAUAAGUGUCAGCAACAGUUGUUGGGUACAGAAUUACAUCAUGCUUGUCAAA